AUGAUUCGGGCACAGAGGAUUGCGGCUCUCAGAGUCACGAGGGCGUACCGCACAGUCUCGGCUGAGGCAGCCUUAUUCCUGGCGGGAACUCCUCCGGGUGAUCUUCUUGCUUUGGAACGCAAAAGAGUCCGAAGUAAACUUGAUGACCCGGACAGAGCUGACUCAAAAUAUGAGAUCCGGAGAGCAGAGCGAGACAUCCUGCUUGCUGCCUGGUCGAACAGAUGGAGUCGGGGCAUUAGAGGAGCCUGGACGCGCUCGAUUCUUCCGGACCUGCUAAGAUGGACGAGAAGGUGUCCCAAAGACCUCACGUUUCAUGUAACGCAGGCUCUUACGGUACACGGAUGUUUCAGGUACUACCUACGCCGGAUGAAGCACGCCCCUGAUGUGGCUUGCCUGUACUGCCAACACCCGUAG